AUGAGGUCAUCUGCUGCUUCUUGCGUCCGUCUGGCGGGCAGACAUUCAUAUAUGAGCACUCGUGCUUCUCCCAUCUGCUCUCCCCUUAGAUCUGUUAUCAACAGCAGCAACAACUCGAGAUUCCUGUCUACGCAACGUACUUCGACGGCAAUUUCAUUAGCAAACACAUUUCCAAGUUACAACAAGAGAUACCCUAAUACACAAAUCAGAAUGUCUGGACAAAAGACCGCUGGUGCCGAGGGCAACAAGCUCUUCACCCGUGACCACCUCUUUAACCUCUCCGGCAAGGUCGCCCUUGUCACUGGUGGUGGCAGCGGUAUCGGCCUCAUGGCCACUCAGGCUCUCGCUGGCAACGGCGCCAAGGUGUACAUCACCGGCCGCACCAAGGAGAAGCUCGACAAGGUCGCCGAGGAGUACGGCAAGAACAUUGAAGGCGAGAUCAUCCCCAUCCAGGCCGACCUGACCAAGAAGGAGGAGAUCACGAAGCUCGUCAAGGAGAUCGAGUCCCGCGAGCACUGCCUCUGCAUCCUCGUCAACAACGCCGGCGUGUCGUCCGCCAAGGUGGACGUCGAGUCCGACUCGGCCGAGGACAUGAAGGCCAGCCUCUUUGACGAGAGCAAGUCCAACUUUGAGGACUGGACCGAGACCUUCAGGACAAACGUCUUCGCCACCUUCUUCACCGCCGCGAGCUUCCUGCCCCUGCUGAAGCGCUCCACCGAGCGCUUCCCCGGCUGGUCCAGCACAAUCAUCAACAUCACGAGCAUCAGCGGCAUGGUCAAGACCUCCCAGCACCACUUCGCCUACAACGCCUCCAAGGCCUCCGCCAUCCACCUCAACCGCAUGCUCGCCGCCGAGAUCGCCGCCAACGACCUGCGCAUCCGCGUAAACAGCCUCGCGCCGGGCGUCUUCCCCUCCGAGAUGACGGCCGGAGAGUCCGACGACGCGCAGAAGAGCGACCUCUCGAAGGAGAAGUUCGAGGGUAAGGUCCCCGCCCAGAGACCCGGCAAGGACGAGGACAUGGCCGGCGCCAUCUUGUUCUUCGCGACCAACCAGUACCUCAACGGCCAGAAUGUCGCCGUCGACGGCGGCUACACUCUUUCCGCUGGAUUGUAA